AUAUAUCUGUGGUUUGGGUUUUGAUUUUCUAUGGUUAAAUUUUUGGAAAAUAUGUCACAAAUAGCAAUAUCUUAUCUUUUGGUUAAUAACUUCAGUUUAUAAGGCCCCUCAAGAGAAGAAGGGUAAAAUAAUUUACAUUCCAGUUUCUUCCAUAAAACCAACUAAAAACAACAUAAAUGAUUUCUUUAAAAAUUUAAAAACAAAGGAAAACUUUGUUUUAUCCACAACAUGAAAUCGCAAACUAUAAUGAAUGUCAACUCAGCUGAAAUUAGAAUGAAAUUUGCAUCAAAUCAAGGGAGAACAUGAAGAAUUAACUAACAGAUAAAUCAAAAGUAUCCAGGAAUGGAGACGAAGUGUUAAGAAAGGAUGGUUAGUGAACUCUGGCACUGUCAAAGUUCAGUCAGAGAAACAGAAUCCCUUGGAGAUAUAUAACUAUGUAGGGAAGAAAUUCUGGGAACCACAGUUCCAUCUGCGUGAAAUUGACAUAAGACAUCCAUCACACCCUUCUGUCACUUUUAACGGAAUAACAGGCUUAAGCAAGUGUGGAGUUAGAAUUCUCAAACUAAUAAAUAAAAAUUGAAGGUGGAAAAAACAAAAACAGGAAAUAGAAAUACUAAUUUCCUCAACUUCUUAGUGGAGAGAACAUCUGCCUGAAUUUGAUAAAUCAAGAAAUAGAGGCUUGAGUAUAUCACUUAAGAUUAUAAAUGUAAAUACUAUAAGAUCUAAAAACACAAGCUUUUUAGUUAUCACAGUGAAAGCAUGAAACACACACCAAAGAAAACAGACACUAUAUCAAAAUAGAAACCAUGGUUUUGGUAAGACCAAAACACAUUUAUUUUUGUCAAUAAACAUAAAUGAAAUAAGCUCACCUGCUGAAAGAAAGAUACCCUUAGUUUGUAUUUAAAAUAUGUCCCAAAUGUGUGAUGUACAAAAGAAAUCCGUCUAACUAAUUACUCAAAAAUAUGGAAAGUAAAAUGAGUAGAACAUAACAUGCAAAUGGGAACAGAAAAUAAAACCAAAAGCAUUCUGUCAGACAUUAGGGGCCAUUUAACAAUAAUAAGGAUUAUAAGCCACAAUGAAAACGUAACAGUUGUGAAUCUUACCGUAUCAAGUAACAAAUCAUCAAAGCAAAACUAAAAAGGGAAAAGUACAAGAAGAAACAGAAAGGUAAUUUAAAAAACUCACCUUUUUACACAUGGCAGAUAAGUAUAAAAAGGUCAGGCUAAGGCAAAAAUAGGUAUGUUAAAUUCUAUGCCAUGAACACAGAAGACAAUCAAUAUCUUUUCAAGUGCCCAUGGGAGUUAAAAGAAAGCUUCAAUAAAUUCCCAAGAGAAGACUAGCAGCCUAAGUAAAAACUACCUGAAAUUUCAAAAUUUAUAUUAAUCGCACCUUGGAUUAAUUUAAUUCAAACUUGUGAUUUCAGUGUAUCUAAAAAUGAUGAUGAUGAAAUCAUUGUACUGAGAUAAUGUUUAAAGUUUUGCUAAAAGAAAAAUGCACUGACUUAGGCAGUUAUGCUAUUAGAAAUGGUAAUAGAUCAGUUAAGCAUUCAACUUAAGUGAGAAAACUGUAAAAUAAUUAAGAAAUGAUGUAAUUAGUAAGGAUAUAGGCAGAAAUAAUAAAUUAGAAAAAACAAAACUAGAUCUGCUAAAUUGAAGAGUUCUUAAAAAAAGAUUAGUUGAACAAUGAAAAGAAGCAUCUAAAGACAAUUAGCUAUCAGACUGGGGAAUGACGAUUGAUAACAGAGAAAAUAAAAACAAUUAUAAGUGUUCUUUACUCAUCUCUGCAAAAAAGUUUCAAAAACCUGGAUAAAUCUAAGAAAAUAAAAAUAGCUGCAAUUAACUCGAGAGGCAAUCAAAAAAAUCUAAAUAGACAAAUAAUUACAACAGGAGAAAUUAAGAAAGUUGAUGAAGAAUGCCCUUUCUUUUUAUUUUGAGACUGAGUCUGACUGUGUCACCCAGGCUGGAGUACUGUGAUCUUGGCUCACUGCAACCUCUGCCUUCUGGGUUCAAGUGAUUCUCUUGCCUCAGCCACCUUAGUAGCUAGGAUUACAGGCACUUGCCACCAUGCCUGCUAAUUUUUGUAUUUUUAGUAGAGACAGGGUUUCGCCACUCUGGCCAGACUGGUCUCAAACUCCUGACCUCAAAUGAUCCUCCUGCCUUGGCUUCCCAAAGUGCUGGGAUUACAGGCAUGGGAUUAUUGCACCUAGCUAAGAAUGCCCUUUCCUAUGUGGAAUUCCUUCAUACCUUGAAUGAAAAACUUUUCUUUUAAAUUCCAGUUUAGUAUAAACUUUCCAGAUCACAUAGAGAAGAAAACUAAGAUUUUUUUCUUAAAGCCAAGUACAACAGUGAUAAAACAUCUGGUGAAUACAACAUCUGGUGAAGCACAAAACAACCUAACAGACUCAUGGCCUAUUAAGAAUACAAGAGAGGUUGUAGAUUAGGAAAUCAUUUGAAUGUGAUAAAUAUUUGCCAUAGGGAAAAAUUUAUCUCAGAAGAUAUUGAGACAGUAUUUAACAAAAUUCAACAUCCAUUAAUACUUUUAAAAAAUCCUUAGUACAAGUAGGAAUAGCUGCAUAUGUAAUAAUGGCAUAACACUUAGCAUUCCUAUUAAAGGACAAGACAAGCAAUUUUACUAUCUACUAUUACUGAUAUUAAAUGUCAUGUUAGUACAAUUAAAGAAGAGAAAAAAGCAUAAAUAUUAGGAGUAGGCUUUUUUUUGGCAGAUACUGUCAUAUGGGAUGGAAAGGAGGGGAAGACAUGAAAAUCAACUGAAAUGAAAUACAUUAAAAAAUCAGUAAAGAACCUGUUUACGAAGUAUUUGAACAACAAUAGCUGGACGGGGCCACAGGGUGACGCACCUGAGCACUUUGGCAUGUGCGUGGGUGCGUGGGUACGUGGGCAUGUACGUGAGUACGUGGGCACGUGCACGUGCUUUCACGGAAGCGCACUGUAUGCACAGGCGCAUGCGCGUGGCUAUCCCAGAAGCACCUGGGCCUUCCGCCUCAACGCUCGCUCGUGCCUUCUUCAGACUGGCUCCUUCCUCAGACUCGCGGGUUUUUCUCAGACUCGCGCCUUCCUCAGACUCCUGCUUUCCUCAGACUCGCGCCUUUCUCGGCAGCUCGCGCAGCUUUUCUCAGCAGUUGGCACCUCCUCGGCAGCUCGUGCCACCUUUCUCGGCAGUUUGCGCCUCACUCCCUUCAGCAUUCUGUUUCCCACGGUCUUCUAGUUGACUACAAACUGCGGAGGAGCCAGUAGCUAAGGCUGCUACCUAACUCUCAACCAUGGCCUCAAACGAAGAUUUCUGCAUCCCAGAAGACUCGGACAUCCCGGUAGAUCUCAAGGACAUCAUUGUGGAGCCCCUUUCUCUGGAGGACAUUCCGAUGGAGAGCAUUGAGUACGAGGAUAUCACUGGCAGUUGGGUCCACGGUGGCCACAACCACCCGCCUCUGCUCGCGAUGCAGCCGCUCUUCGGGAACACUGGCUAUGGCAACCACGACCAGGAAAUGAUCAUGGUGCAGACACAAGAGGAAGUGGUGAGCUACCGCAGUUCAGGCAGCGGGCCAGGCGACGACUCCAAGGACCAGUUGGUCAUGCCGGCUAGCAGUGAAGAUGGGCACUUCCAGCAGACCCUGACCUCUCUGGCAACCUCGGCGGCAUUGACAUCAACCCAGAGCCUCAGCAGAAAGCGCAGCAGAAAGCCCAGCAACAGCAGUGCCAACAGCACUGAGGCCACGCCGCCAGGCAGCCCCCCCGACGAGAGCAGCAAUAAGUGGGAGCAGAAGCAAGUGCAGAUCAAAACGCUCGGGGGUGAGUUUUCCCUGAAUAUGUGGUCCGCUAAUGAUAACGAUGACAAAGGGAGGGUGGGGGAAGGCCGGCCCGAUAACUCACCGGAUUAUUCCGAGUACUUGAAAGGGAAGAAACUUCCUCCCGAGGGAUUACCAGGAAUCGAUCUCUCAGAUCCCAAACAGCUGGCAGAAUUUACUAAAAUGAAGCCCAAAAGGUCCAAAGACGACCCCCCCAGAACAGUCCCUUGCGCUCAUAUUGGCUGCGGAAAGAUGUUCAGGGAUUAUGGCGCCAUGAGAAAACAUCUCCACAUCCACGGGCCCAGAGUCCACGUAUGUGCAGAAUGUGGCAAAGCUUUUAUUGAGAGCUCAAAGCUGAAACGACAUCAGCUGGUUCACACGGGCGAGAAACCCUUUCAGUGCACAUUCGAAGGUUGCGGGAAACGCUUUUCCCUUGAUUUCAAUUUGCGCACACAUGUGCGCAUCCACACCGGCGACAAGCCCUUCGUGUGCCCUUUCGAUAUUUGCAAUAGGAAAUUCGCCCAGUCAACCAACCUGAAGACGCAUAUGUUAACACAUGUGAAGAACAAAAGCAGCCAGUGAAAAAGAGCCCUCUCAGACUUGGGAGUCAUCUUCCAGGCUUCCAGGACUGUGGUAGGGAAUAAAUAUGCCUCUCAAAAAGUUUUAUAUGUUUUUCUAAUAGUUUUUAAAAAACGAAUGCUACACGUCAAGGUUUGUGUUUUCUUAGAGUAGUAAAAAUGCAACUUAAAAGUUUUAAAAAAAAAAGUAAACUAAAAAUGCAACUUAAAAGUUUAAAAAAAAAAGUAAACUUUGCCAUAAGAUAAUAUUGCCGGUCGGGCUCAGUGGCUCACGCCUGUAAUCCCAGCACUUUGGGAGGCCGAGGCGGGUGGAUCACGAGGUCAAAAGAUCGAGACCAUCCUGGUCAACAAGGUGAAACCCCGUCUCUACUAAAAAUACAAAAAUUAGCUGGGUGUGGUGGUGCGCACCUGUAAUCCCAGUUACUCGGGAGGCUGAGGCAGGAGAAUUGCUUGAACCCAGAAGGCGGAGGUUGCGGUGAGCCGAGAUCUCGCCAUUGCCCUCCAGUCUGGGUAACAAGAGUGAAACUCCGUCUCAAAAAAAAAAAAAGAUAAUAUUGCUAAGAUGCCGUAGCUUGUUCUGUAACAGUGUUUUUGUAAAGUUUGGUCCCAACAGGAGAAAAAUUUGUGGACUUCACAUCAAGAGACACUUCUUACAAACUGUUUAAAAUGGGACUUUUCACAUUCUUAGAAAUAGGAAGUUCAUUUAUUGUUUACAAUGUUUUAAAAAUUUUUUUUUAAUUUAAAAUGUUCAUGUUUAUACUUUUAGGAAUAUGCUUAAUGAGUCUGGUUUUUCUGGAGGUUGAUAACUUUGGGAAAGAUUUACAUUAAAGGAGUGAACAAUUAUAUGUAUACACGAAAUAUUUUCCUGCUUAAAAAAGUUAUAUAGGUGUCGCUGGUUUUAAUUUUGGUUGUAUUCUUGGAUGUUAACAUUUUGCAUUUUAGCUGUAUUGGGUUAUGUAGUAUUGAUAUUAAGUGAUUUAGUAGUACUACUUUAAAUCUAUUUUAGUCAUUUUAUUUUCCCCCAAAUAGUACCAGAUGUUGUUGUCUGCCUCUUCAAUUAAAGUAGUGCCUAGUUGUAGAAUAUAUUGUUUGUAUAUCCUGUCUAAUAGAAAGAGCAAAAUAAAAUACCUUUUCUAAAGAAGGAAAAAAGUAGUUUGCCUGUAUCGAUAUAGAAGCUAGAACUAAAGAAAAGGGGGAGGGUGCUACUGGUGGGUGGAGGGAGAUCAGGAAUUGCACUAAACAUCCUAUAAUGCACAGACAGCCCCACAAAGUAAAUAAUUAUUUGGCCAAAAUGCCAAUAGUGCCAGGUGCAGGGGCUCACGCCUGUAAUCUCAGCACUUUGGGACGCUGAGGUAGGUGGAUCGCUCGAGCUCAGGAGUUGGACAUCAGCCUGGGCAACAUGCCAAAACCCCAUCUUUACCAAAAAUAUAAAAACUAGCUGGGUGUGGGGUACACACCUGUGGUCCUAGCUACUCAGGAAUCUGAGGUGGGAGGAUCACUGGAGCUGGGGAAGUCGAGACUGCAGUGAGCCGUAAUUGAGCCACUGUACUCCAGCCUGAGUGACAGCAAGACCUUGUCUCAAAAAAAAAAAAAAAAAAAGGGCAGGGGAUGCCAGCCACAGGGCUCCCGCCUGUAAUCCCAGCACUGAGAGGCCGAGGUGGGUGGAUCACUUGAGGUCAGGUAUUCAAGACCAGCCUGUCCAACAUAAUGAAACCACUCCCUACUACUGAAAAUUAGCCAGAGAUGGUGGCAUAGCACCUGUAUUCCCAGCUACUUGGGAGGCUGAGGCAGGAGAAUCACUUAAACCUGGGAGGCGGAGGUUGCAGUGAGCUAAGAUAAUGCCACUGUACACCAGCCUGGGUGACAGAGUGAGACUCCGUCUCAAAAAAAAAAAAAAAUGCCAAUAGGGUCCCUGUUAAGAAACCUUGCUGUAAAAAAAGUACAAGUUUUUAACAAAGAUUCCAGAGGUAUGCAGUACUUAUAAACAAAUCAUUAAUGGACAAGAGGUUGUUUACAUGAAGGAAAUGUGUGUGCUCCACCACCCUCAUUUCCACUUAACCAGCAUGGAUAAAUCCAGAAUCAGAGGGGUGAUCUGGUACUAGCUACAUGCCUGACAACAGAUAAGAGACUACACAGGGAGUCAAGGAAUCAGUGUUGCUGAGUAUCUCGGCUUUUAUUCAUUUGUUCAUGUCUUGUUUCUGUGGCUAGCAA